AUGGAGCACAAUCUUCUGGAUAGUCUCCUUGAUCUAGAGGAGCAAUUUUACAAUGAGGGGUAUGAGCUGGGCACUGCGGAUGGAGCGGCUACCGGCUAUACCGAAGGCAGCGUCUUCGCCGUUGAGAAAGGCUUCGAGAAGUUCGUCGAGAUGGGGCGCUUGUAUGGCAAGGCAUUGGUCUGGGCACAGAGACUUGACAUGAAAUUGUCCGAAGAUGCUGCAUCGCAGGCGGAUAGCACAACAGAUACUCUUUCUCUUGAUCCAUCCAUCUGCGAAGACAUGCCAAGUCUCCCACCACACAGCACUCGACUGGCCAGGAAUCUCCAAACUCUUCUUGAACUCGUUGAUCCAGCUACCCUGGAUAUGAGCAAUACAGAGGAGGCUGUCAAUGAUGUGGACGAGCGUCUUAAAGGCGCCGCUACAAAGGCGAAGCUCAUUCAACGCGCAAUGGGCGAGCGUGAGGAUCCGGCCACCCAGGCCGAACCCAAGGACAUGUCGAAUUCUGGAGACGGCAGUGGAAGUAUUGAAGACAUCAGUGCAUUGAACAUUCGUCACUGA